AUAAGAAAGGUCGAUGGUCCUGCCAUCCGAGUCAUUACAGCUAAGUAGUGGUGCGGAGUGAACUCAACUUAAACAAAGUUAAGAAGAACAGGCUUUUUUUAGGUGCAUUAAGUCAAAAAUGUGGCUCAAAGUGUUUCCAACACUAGCACUGCUCACAAUAGCAGUUUCACAAAAAGCAACCGACGAUGUUGAGGGAAAACCUAAGCAAAAUGAAGAACUUAGGCCCCAACUGUAUAUUGCCACUCCCUUAAAUCAAGCUCAGAAUGGAAAGGCUGGAUCUGUUCCUCUGGAAGUCAAGGAAUUAUUUGACCGACAGCAAUUUGCCCCGGAAUUGUAUGGGCUCACUUAUUUGCAACCUCAAUAUCAAAGCCAAAUGCCAUUAACUAGGCUCCAGCCUCAGAUUGUUCUGUAUGGGCCUGGAGGCCAAGGCCAGCCCAUUCUAAUCAAUCCGGGAAAUCCUCCAGGCAAUUUCCUCAUACCUCAAGGUCCAGGUCCCAAUGUUGUUGUUAGGAACACUCCUCAAGGACCGGGAUUUCCUGUAGCUGGCUAUCCAAAGCCUGCUCACGUUCCGCCAAUUGAGAAAGAUGCUGAAGAAGUUCCUACUAAUCCAGCAAAAGUGCCCCCUUUUCAAACAGCUCAGCCCACCAGCAAACCGAAGAGCAAACCUGAGAAACUAGAAACUUUUACGGAAAGUAAUCAACCGGAGUAUAAUACCAAAAUCGGGGAACUUCCUCAGCUCAAUCCUGGUCAGCGCUUUUUCGUCUUGAAUGGCGACAGCAUUUACAAUUUUCCAUUUGAGGCACAACAGGAAAUUCAGGACUUGUCCGCGUUCAGAUACACCAACGCUCAACCAUUUCCACAGUCUCCUCCAAAGUUUGUGCAACCAUUCGCACAAGAACCACCUCAGUAUGUGCAGGAAUCAGGAUCUCCUCAAGCUCCCGUCUCCGUUCCUGAGAUACUUUUACGCAACUCAUUUGUAAAUUCAGAUCAACAAAAGGCACAACCGAGGCCAACUUUCAGGACGGCUCAACAAUAUUUCAGGACAGGAGAGGCGCCCAGUCAAUUGCCCCUUCCAGGGAAUAUUCAAGAUUAUUUCGCUGAACCCCAAUCGUUUGGUAGAAUUAGCCAAGGAAGAGAAACGGUGCAGCCCCAAUUAGUGGGUCAAUUUAGAUUCACCCCCAAUGGAGGCCAGGAUUUCUAUCAGUACAGGGAUGAUUUGGAAAAUGACGCCAUUGUCGUGGAUGCUACAUUUGAUGCUCCACAAAGCAGCUUUGAUGGAAGAGACAGUUUGAGAGAUGAAGAUGCUGCAAGCAGUACUUCGGCUGCACCUCCACCAGCUGAAAAUGAACCAGAACCAAGUAUGGCGCAAGCAGGUCCUCAAGCUACUGCCAUUGCGGGACCUGGUGGAGUAGCUGGAUCUGCACCUAGAGCAACAGCCAUCGUAGGUAAGGCAGGAUUGGCGAUAUCAAGUCCUCAAGCUACGGCCGUGGCAGGAACUAAAGAAGAGGAAAGGAAGAAAAUCCCUGCAAAGAAAGACUAGCUGCUAAUGAUCAUGAUGAAUGUUGCGCCGUAAACUAGUUAAUAAAAAUAAUUGGAACCAA